AAUCUUUCACGCCGGUGACAUAAUUAAUCCCCCCGUCUUUCACGUUUCUUAUACUUAUUUUAUGCUUGGGUUCUGGCUGUUUCUUUUUCUUCAUCAGCUUUCCGUGUCAUUUCGCAGGCAGCUUCAGUGAUAGUACAAUUGGCCCCACUGCAGCUACCGCUCCGCACCUCCAUCCCCUCCCUUUUAAUUGCAUCCGUUCGUGAACAAGAUUCAGCCCUUAAUUGGUUGAUUGCACAGCUAAUUAAUUAACUCAAUCGUGAUGGGGUUCGUGAAGUUCCUCAAGUUUCUGAAGCUCAAGGUGAGGUGCAAAAGAGUCGCCGACAGAGUUGCUUCUGUUGAUCAUGAGGAAGAUGCGGGAGAUGCUCGCAAGCAGAUAUGUAAGGGGAUGCCGAUGUUAUUCUCUUGGGAUGAUAUUGAGAGGUGCACCAUGGAUUUCUCUCUCGUCAUUGGAUAUGGAGGCUUCAGCACUGUUUAUCUUGCUCAGUUCCCGGAUUCAUCGUCGGCCGCCGUCAAGAUUCAGUGCAGCAGCGAGCGUCUUAAUGAAGCCUACAAGCAGGAACUGGAGAUCCUGCUCCAUGUCCACCACCCUAAUAUUGUCAAGCUGCUUGGUCAUUGUGAUGAUCGAGACGAAGGCGUACUGGUAAUGGAGUAUGUGCCGAAUGGAAAUUUGCAAGAGAAACUGCACGGCUCAAAUACGCUUCUUCCAUGGAAGAAACGCAUGGCCAUAGCAUUCCAAUUGGCUCAGGCCAUAGAGUAUCUCCACGACAAAUGCGGCCUGCAAAUUGUCCACGGAGACAUCAAAGCUUCAAAUAUAUUGCUGGACGAGCAGCUGAAUUGCAAGCUAUGCGAUUUUGGGUCUGCAAAGAUGGGAUUUUCUUCGUUAGUACUACAGCCAUCAAGUCCCACGGCGAGGAGAAAUCGGAUAAUGAUGCUGGGCUCUCCAGGCUACACGGAUCCUCACUAUUUGAGAACCGGGCUCGCCACCAAAAAGAAUGAUGUUUACAGCUUCGGUGUGAUAGUCUUGGAACUUAUAACUGGAAUGGAAGCCUUUAACCCGUCGAGCGGGGAGAGACUGACAACUAAGGUUGAACUGCUACUGCGGAACUUGGAGAAAGUUGGGGAAAUAGUGGAUCCACGUCUCCGUGGGGAUUUUGACUUGGAAGAAGCCAAAGCCAUGGCAUCCCUCUCGGCUAUGUGCCUUUGUGACAUCCCCAGCCUUCGGCCUUGUGCGUCUGACAUCUUGGCUACCAUGCGAAACAAAAUUCCCUCCGUGUGCUAGAAAAAUCUGGUUCUGUUCAACCAGCUUCGAUCGUGUCGAUGACUCCUGGAUUGCUGUACGUAGUUAGGCAGCUCGUGGACACUGUGUAAAUUCAGUCCCGGCAUAUUUACAACGCAUGCGAUCAACCGCGCAAAUAUACAUGAAAUAUAUAUACAUUUUCUUUUGUCUUCAACACUUCAUACUUUUUCUUUAAUUGAAAUAUCAAGGCACAUCAUGAAGAUACAAGCUCG